CCUAGUCUAGACAACAUCCCUACAGAGAUAGUCAUACAAAUUCUCAAAAACCUCACUCAUCACAAAGACAUUAUGAAUUGUGCCCUAGCAAUUCGAUCCUGGAGUUAUUGCUGUUAUGAGAUUAUAUGGUUUAAACCAAACAUGAUUCGCCCUACAGUAUGGGCAAAUCUCUGUAGCACUCUCAGUCAAUCCACUCCCACAUACUAUCCCUAUCACUCCUUCAUUAGACGUAUCAAUCUUUCUGCCCUUGCUGACUGUGUAAAGGAUAACCACCUUUCCUGUCUCUCUGUAUGCGAUCGCCUCGAACGAAUCACCCUCACAGGAUGCCACAAACUCACAGACGCUGGACUUUGUGGCUUCCUUAGCAAGUCUUCAAGUGCCUACUUAGUAUCAAUGGAUCUAAGUGAAAUUACAAACAUCACAGACACCACCAUAUUAAAAAUAGCAGAAUGUUGUCCAAGGUUACAGGGUCUCAAUUUGAGCAUGUUUAAAGACGGACAAGAACAGUUUCAUGGCGUGACUGAUGAGAGUAUUAUCAAACUAGCCGAGGGUUGUAGAGGAUUACGACGGGUCAUCUUAAACAACUGCUCUUUACUUACCGAUGCGUCUAUUACUCUGUUAGCAAAGAACUGUCGCUCUUUGUUAGAAAUUGACUUGAUCAAUUGUGCUAUCACUGAAGACUCGCUUCAAGCCAUCUUUAAACAUUGCCGAGAGUUACGAGAGUUUCGACUUAACCAGUGUGUUAAUCUUGGGGAUUCCGGAUUUCUUGAUUCCGAUCUAGCUCCCAGCGUAUUCAGAGAGUGCCCUUAUUAUGACCAACUAAGAAUCAUUGACCUUACUGGCGUAUCGAAGAUUACAGAUGAUAGUGUAAUACGAAUUGUUGAGGCAGCCCCAAAGAUCAGAAAUUUUGUUCUCAACAAAUGCCACAACAUUACUGACAAGGCUGUCUUUGCCAUUUGUAACCUUGGCCGAUAUCUUCAUGUUCUUCACCUUGGACAUUGUUUAAACCUUACAAACCGUUCAAUUAUCCAACUAGCCCGUAGUUGCACCCGUAUUCGCUACCUUGACCUUGCUUGCUGUACUCAGCUUACUGAUGCAGCUGUUUUUGAACUCGCUAAUCUUCAAAGACUUAAACGUAUCGGUCUUGUCAAGUGUUCCAAAAUCACUGACGAAUCGGUCAAAGCUCUUGCGAGCCAUGCUCGUAUAGCCAAUUCUCUCGAGCGUGUUCAUCUCAGCUAUUGUUCUCGACUUACCAUCUCAUCCAUUCAUUGUCUACUUAAUGCAUGCCAGUUGCUUACUCACCUCAGCCUUACUCAAGUCCGAGAUUUCCUUCGCGCAGAUUUCCAACAUUUUUGUCGUAAAGCACCCAGCGAUUUUAGCGAGCAACAGCGCCAAGCUUUUUGCGUCUUUAGUGGCAAGGGUGUCCAAAACUUUAGGAAUUAUUUAAAUGCUAAUGAAGGCAUGUUU